GAAACUUUCACAUAUCGAUUUGAACCAUUUUGUGAUUUUAAUUCGGGGAAAUUUUGAUGUUUUUGUUCCUUUUUGCACUUUCGCUUCAAACGUUUUUCCUGCGUGGAAAGUGCUGAAGUGAAUCCAACAGUCCGGACUUCCCUUAAAACAGUGCGAGGCGGACUUCAUUUAACCAGUUAGAAGCCCAGCUGCUCCUCUGGAGAAAAUGGUGGCCGCCUUGUUGUUAACCGGGAGAAGUUUGUUAAAGUGUAGGAUGAGCGGCGUGAAGGCGACGCAGCGGCUCUGCUCCUCCGUCUCCUCCGGUCGACAUCGAGUCAACGGCGUUGAUCUGUACUACGAGCAAACGGGCGAAGGGAAACACGCUGUUCUGCUGAUUCCAGGUGCUCUCGGAAGCACCCAGACAGACUUCGGUCCUCAGCUGAAGUCUCUGAAUAAGGAACGCUUCACGGUGGUUGGCUGGGACCCUCGAGGUUAUGGACGAUCCCGCCCUCCACAGCGGGACUUUCCUCCAGACUUCUUUGAGAGGGAUGCAAAGGAUGCUGUAGAUCUGAUGGAGACUUUGGGUUUCGGCAGGUUCUCGCUGCUCGGCUGGAGCGACGGAGGAAUCACUGCUCUGAUCGCCGCUGCCACGAAGCCGCAGCUGAUCGACAAAAUGGUUGUUUGGGGAUCCAACGCUUUCGUCUCCCAGGACGACCUCAAGCUUUACAACAUGGUCCGAGACGUCUCCAAGUGGAGCGAAAGAAUGAGGCGGCCCAUGGAGGAGGUGUACGGAGCAGAAGCUUUUGCUAAAACCUGGGAGAGCUGGGUGGAUGGCAUUGCUCAGUUUGCACACAGACCAGAAGGGAGUAUCUGUGUGGAGCAUUUGCCGCUGAUCAGCUGUCCCACCCUGAUCAUCCAUGGAGAGAAGGAUCCCAUGGUGCCCAGCUUCCACCCUCACUACCUCCACAAACACAUAAAGGGCUCACGGUUGCAUUUAAUGCCUGAGGGAAAACACAACCUCCACCUGAGGUACGCUGAGGAGUUCAACAAACUAGUGGAAGAUUUUCUGGAAGAAAGCCCUGAUUAUUUUUCCACUCCCAACAACUGAACUGUAGAAAAACUACUUGAAUAAAAUUUGGUGACU